AUGAUCAAGACGAGUGGUUCAAAAAUUGGAUCGUCCUCACCAUUGAUCGUAUCAUCAUUGUUGUUAUUAUUAAUCUUUUUCUUUCAAAAUGUAGAAUCACAACAACAAUUUGAAUAUAAUGAUCAUUACUAUGUUUAUCAACCAGCAGCUGUGUCAUACUCUACUGCACAGACUAUAUGUAGACAGAGUACAUAUGGUGGAUUGGCAGGAUACCUGGUAACGAUUACCUCAGAGUUGGAAUGGCGUUUUGUCAUGGACAAGGUGUUUCCACAGAAUACAGGAACCGAUGUACGUGCAUGGUUGUCUGGUAGUGCAAAGAAUGACUUUUCUCUGUGGUCCUAUGACGAUGGUCCAGAAGCAGGUUUCCUAUUUUAUGAUUUGUAUCAAGACCGUUGUUACACUCAUUGUCCAUGGUCAUUUGCUCAACCAAAUAAUCUAGUCAAUAAUAAUUAUCUCAAUGUUGUUGUACGUGAUGGUCGUUAUGAUUCUUGGGAUGGUAAUCCUUUAGAUUAUACAAAUACUGGAUAUAUUUGUGAAUUUGGUGGAUUAUAUGAACCUGCAUUAAAACCAGCUUUGGCACAAGAUAAUGUUAUUAAAGUUUCCAAUGUAUUGGGUUCUUAUGUUCCAUCGGUCAAUUCAACUACCACACUAAGAUUUGCUCGGUUGGGCACAAAUGAUACAUCUCCAAAAAAUGUAUUUUCAUGUAAUUUGAAGAGUGGUGAUGCUUUUGGACAAUCUACAUGUAGUAUCACACCGAAUUCAGGUGUUUUCAACGUCACUAUAAUAGGUCCAACCAAUACUACUCAUAGCAUUUAUCAAUUCCAACCACCCUAUGUAGCAUAUAUCUAUCCACCAACCAUUUCCAAACCUUUACUCACUAUUGUUGGAUCAAACUUUGGAAAUAAUGUUGAUUUAAAUUCUAUUAAUAUUAAAUUUUCAAAACAAAACUAUCCAUGUAAUGGAUUGAAUUGGUUUCAAGAUUAUUCGAUGGUAUUGGUUUGUACACCUAGUAUGUCACUUCAAGCAUUUGCAUUGACUCUAUUACCAAUUACAAUUACUAUCAAUAAUGUUACAUGGGGUGCUAGAAAGGUACCAUGGUAUUAUGAACCGACACAACAAUUUUAUGCAUACUAUGGGUCUGGUGCAGACCUAAACAAUGCUCUAAAGAUUGUCAACAACACAAUGAUGAGAAAUACAUUGGCUCAUCUUGGUUUAAUGUAUGAUCAAUCAAUGUUUAGUAUAGCUACUUCUAUCAAUGCAUAUUAUGUCAUUUCAGAUCCCGCCAAAACCAUUCCAUAUAGUUAUUGGGUACCUGCUGUCCCACCUACUGCAGGUGGCGGUGGUGGUGGUGGAUCAAACUCUUGGAAAUGGUCUUAUGGACCUAAAAAUGGUCAGGCAACGACUUCAUACUCGCCAGUAGCACCACCUACACCUGCACAAGGCAGUAUACUAGUUUUCAACGCUUUAAACGGUCAAUUUACAACUACUGUCACAUCGGGUGUUGGAGGAUACUAUACUUUUAUGGAGUUUGGUAAUGUUGCACCUACUUGGAAGAAUAAUGCCUCUACAGUAUAUUCUCUUACUUCUGGCUCCAAUAUAACACUUGCCACUCUAAAUGAUGGACAUUUAUUCUCUAGUGUAACGAUUUCAAGUCAAACUGUCACUUUGCAGAGACAGUAUGUACCACCCUUUGGAUCGCCAUCUAUUCAAACGCCACCGUUUUAUGGUGGACCUUAUCUUUUAUCAUUCUCGGUCGAUGGAGUAGUUGCAACGGGUGUUCAGUACUUGCAAUACCUUCCACUAACCAUCACCAAUAUUACUCGUAUCUCAAUACUUGGUGGUAAGGUUACAGUCACCGGAACCAACUUUUACACCGAUCCAUCUCUUUUAACGGUCAAAUUACAAACUCUUGAUGGGUCAGUCACACUACCAACUGGAACCAUGGUAGUACCACACACUCAGUUUGAAGUACAAGUCCCCCCAUUUACAUCGGCUGGUCUAUGCACUGUUUCCGUUAGUUUGGGAGGGUCUAGUCAAAUUGCCAGUACUUAUUUACAAGUUGUCAAUCCUGCCAUCACUGAAAUAUCAGUUGCCUUUGGACCAACACCCAAAUUAAUAUUAACAGGUGUUGGAUUCCAAAUUCUAACUAUUCCACCUGUUAUUAUGUUUGGUAAUGGUCCAGGUACAGGUACAGGUCAAAUCAACCAAACUCAACUAUUAUCAUACUCUGACACUGAAAUUGAAGCUUAUAUACCAUAUGAAGCAAGACAAGGUAACUUUUCAGUUGCUGUUGGACCGUUGACAUCUCAAUUGUCAAUUAUUACUCUUAGUCCAUACAUCAUGUCAGUUGGACCAUCACCAAGUAUCACAGGUGGUAGCAGUAUUACAGUUACCGGUAGAUUCCUUGCCAAUACAGAUACAUCUGGUACUCCCCUCAACUUGGGUUUGAGUGUAUCAAAGAAUGGUAUACCUCCUUAUUCAGUCAAUUGUACAUCGGUACAAGGUGCACCUCUUUAUCAAUUAGAAUGCCCUAUUGCAGCUGGAACUGGAUCAUUUAAUGCUACACUUGUAUACAGCAGUAUAUUUACUUUUAAAUAUCAAUUAAAUUAUCAGUAUCCUACUAUUGAUUUGGUAUCAUCGAUUGAUUCCAAUUCAACUGGUCUAGUCUCUAUUGUAGGGUCUAGUUUUGCAUCGGUUGGUGUAUCUGUACUUAUUGGAAAUACGUCUUGUUCAGAUGUCAGUGUAUUCAACUCUACCUAUUUAACAUGUACUUUGAAUGCUGUCAAUUCCAAUUUAUCCAAUACCAAUGGAAUGGCAUUACCUGUACGUGUUGAAGUUGAUGGAUUGGUAACCACCAAAAACAUGUUCUUUUUCAAUAUUUAUAAAUUGUGUCUUCCACAAUGUGACUCUCAACAUGGUACUUGUAACAACAAAACUGGUCGUUGUGAUUGUCAAUCUGGAUAUACUGGAUACAACUGUUCAACCUUAAUUGACAAUGGAGAUGGAGAAGGGGAAGUAAUAGUCAAACCACCAGUGAUUGGUGAAUCAGGUAAUAGUUUUAUUCCAGGUACAGGAUACAACUUUUCAGUCUCUCUAUCAUAUCUUAGAGAGGUUGAUAUGGAUAACCAACCAAUCAAGACUUUACCAAUGUCUGAUAUCAAAUGGACUAAUCGAUCAUCGCUCCCAUUCAACUCGUCGACCACCACUAGUAGUAGCAUUGCAAGUAAAGAAAGAUUCGAGGGACAUUUUCCAAAUGACACUUGUUCAGUUCAAUUAGACCUCACAAUCUUUUCAAAAGAGACUAUUAUUUACUUUGCAGGUGAACCAAUUACAAUGCCAACCAAUUCAAUCAAAUAUGAAAUAACUAUUUAUAAUUGGACGUUUAGUGGACAAGUCAAUAGUUUAGAAGCAAUUUAUUCGGCCAUCACAGACAAGCAAACAGAGUAUCAAUGUGAAGAUCAAGAAACUUCAUUCCUCAACGACCAAAAUGAUAAUAUUUCUUGGUUUGAAAUUUAUGCUGGUGGAGCUACCAUGCACGCAAAGUUUGCAGACAGAGUUAUUGUAGAUGAUAGAUAUUACACUAGUCGUGUUUCAAUCCUACCAUCAAAUGAUCAAUUAUACAAUCUUUUAAAAGAUCAACAACAACAACAACAAAAUAAUGCAUUUCAAGUUUUGGCAGCCAUUACAGUUCCAAAUUUUGCCAAUCAAGCUAUUAUAGAUCCAAACUUUGGUAGUUUAAUUAAAUUUAAUUCAAAUGAUUGUGGCAGUGAAAAGAAUCAAUGGAAGGUACCUGUGAUUGUAGUAUGUUCAGUGGUUGGAGCAGCCGCUCUCAUAUGUAUAACCAUCUUUAUUGUUAAAAAGAAUUAUACACUUAGAAAGAUUGCAAUGCAUAUUAAAAUGAGUGCAAGAUCAUCUUCAUAA